AAGUGACCUUGUAUUUAUGUUUGCAAUGUCGCUGCUAUAUCCAUGCUGCUUUUCCCUUAAAGUUUUGUGCCGCAGCUGAUGAAAAUGAGUGGUGGUACAAAUCAGAGAACUUUGUUUCAGACUUGGGGGGCCUCUGUGUCUCAAAACAAAACGAUUCAACCCCCCCAAAAUGGCAAAAAGGCUUCUGAAGUGUCGAGACCAAGACCACCUUCAAGUAAAACCGCUAAGGUAGCUACAACUCCGCGAGCAUCUUUAUGGACGGAAUUCGGUCACACGUCAGAGAAUUCAGGCAAGACGGAGGACAUCUUACAGGAAAAUGAAGAUGACGACGAUGAGUUGAUGGUCGUCGCUGUCUAUGAAGCUGAAAAGAGUUUGCAACUUGGUAACCGCCUUGAAGUUGACAGCUGCGUCGCAGUGGAUGAUGAGGCCACACUGCCUCCUCCAUCUUCAGCCACACAAACUUAUCCAGACUUCCCUGACUUUGACAGUUCCUCCGCUAAGGUAUGGAUCUAUCCCACCAACUAUCCCAUCAGGAAUUACCAGCUGAAGAUCUCAGAGGCCGCCCUUUUCCAGAACACACUUGUGUGCCUUCCCACGGGUCUGGGGAAAACCUUUAUAGCUUCUGUGGUCAUGUACAACUUCUACCGCUGGUAUCCAUCAGGGAAGAUCGUGUUCAUGGCUCCAACGAAACCUCUGGUGGCCCAGCAGAUCGAAGCCUGCUACAAAGUCAUGGGGAUCCCUCAGACCCACAUGGCUGAGCUGACAGGAAGCACAGCUGCAAAGCAGAGGCAGGAUGUGUGGAGGUCCAAGCGCGUCUUCUUCCUCACCCCGCAGGUCAUGGUGAACGAUCUGUCCAGAGACACCUGCCCAGCCAAGCAGGUCAAGUGUGUGGUGAUCGACGAAGCUCACAAGGCUCUGGGAAAUCACGCUUACUGUCAAGUUAUUAGACAGCUCAGCAGUCAGACUCUACAGUUCCGUGUUUUGGCUCUCAGUGCCACUCCAGGAGGAGAUGCAAAGUCAGUCCAGGCUGUGAUCUCCAACUUGCUCAUCUCUCACAUUGAACUGCGAUCAGAAGAAAGUCUGGACAUUCAGGCUCAUUCGCACCAGCGUAGUGUCGACAAAGUGGUGGUUCCUCUUGGGGAGGCCCUUUCUGCUUACCAGACUCGAUACCUAGAGGUGCUGAAGAAGUUCAUGUCUCGUCUGGUUCAGAACCGGGUGAUGUCUCAGAAGGACCUGCGGAGCCUCAGCAAAUACCAGCUCAUUCUGGCCAGGGACCAGUUCCGCAAGAACCCGCCUCCACACAUCAAGAGUCCUCAGCAGGGGAUGCUGGAGGGGGACUUUGCCCUCUGCAUUAGUCUGUAUCAUGGUUAUGAGCUGCUGAUGCAGAUGGGCCUCAGGUCGCUCUUCUUUUACGUACAAGGAAUCAUGGACGGAUCUAGAGAGAUGUCCAGGACCAAGAACGAGCUCCAGCGAACCCCAACGUUCAUGGAUCUUUACCACGAGAUGGAGGCAAUGUUUGUGAAGCCAUCUGCUGGUCCAGAUGCACCAUUUGUUUACAGUCACCCCAAGCUGAAGAAGCUGGAGGAGGUGGUGUUGCAGCACUUUAGAGUGUGGGCUGAAAGCAACUCAGACAAUCACGGCCCUCAGGGAGUAAGCACACGCGUGAUGAUUUUUUCCUCAUUCCGGGAGAGCGUGCAAGAGAUCGCUGCCAUGCUAAACCGCCACUCGCCGCUGAUCAGGGUCAUGACAUUUAUGGGCCAGGCCUCUGCCGGAAAAGGGGUCAAAGGAUUUACUCAAAAGGAGCAGCUAGAGGUGGUGCAACGUUUUCGGCAGGGAGGCUUCAACACGCUGGUGUCCACCUGUGUGGGAGAAGAGGGGCUCGAUAUCGGAGAGGUGGACCUCAUUGUUUGCUUUGAUGCACAGAAGAACCCCAUCCGCCUGGUGCAGCGGAUGGGACGCACCGGACGAAAGCGGCAGGGGCGCAUCGUCGUCGUAUUAGCUGAAGGGCGGGAGGAGAGGACCUACAAUCAGAGCCAGAGCAACAAGCGCAGUGUGUAUAAGUCCAUCACUGGCAACAAGAACGGCUUCCACAUGUACCACAACAGUCCCCGCAUGCUGCCCGAGGGGCUGAACCCCAGUCUCCACAAGAUGUACAUUACCUGUGGCCAGUUUGACCACAGAGAGAGCAGCAGGAGGUCAGGAAGGGGUCGAAGGUCCCACUCUGAAGGACGGGGUUCACUCAUCCACCCUCAGAGUCUGAUUCAACACCGCAGCACAGCAUCUGAUGGCUUUCUGAGCAGCGUGGAGUAUUCUGUGUGGGAAACCACUAUGAAGCUGGGGGAACACGAAGCCAAGCCAAUCCUGAAGGAAUCCCACUUUUUGUCAAUACCCAGUGACCCUCCACCUCAGGAAAACGCCGAUAAGCACAAACAUCCGCAUAGAGAGCUGUCUCUAUGGGAGUGGAGACACUGGCAGCACAAAGCCCUCCCUUCCCAUCUGGUCGACCACUCCCUUCGCUGCAGGCACUUCGUUCAGGUGAUGGAGCUCAUAGAUGGCAUGAAAGAUGAAAACGAGGGGGAAUGUCUUUAUGAGCAGGAGCUUCUUCCUUACCACCACAGAGAAGACACGGAGAAAAGAGAACUGAGGAGAGGAAAAGCUGCAAAGAUGCGCGUGAAGAGCACCGACAACAAGACAAAAUCGUCUGGCUCGUCCUGGUCUGAGCUGCUUGACAUCAGGGAUGAGGUGGAGGAGGGGAGUGUAGAUACACUACCCACACAUGCUGGGAGAAAACCGCUGCUUCCUGUUGGCCCUCAUAGUGUGGACCCUUGUGAUGACUUCAAACUUGACGGCGCUUAUCGUCCUCCAUCGAGCGUCGACGGGGAAGACUGUGUGAUCAUAAAUGCAAAGAAAGCUGAGGAAACAUGCAGAGAUCCUGUAUGUUUAGAUCAUUCUCCAAAACGGAUGGCUAAUGACGAUGAGGAGGUGGAACUUCAGGGGAUGUUUUACCUUCCGCAGUGGGAUUCCCCACAGCUGACCUGUUCUGACAAACCAGGGAAGGAUGAAACCCUGAAGGUCAUCUUGGCCAACGUGGCUGAACUCCUCUGUCGAUCUCCUCCUUCACUGGCUGACAUUUCUGAUGCCGAGUUAAUGCCGCCUUCUCCUAAGCCUCUUCAUCCACCCUUCUUUGUUAGCUUUAGCUUGGAUGUCGACGAUGACGACGACGAAUUGAUUUGUGAAGCGAACGUUGCGACCUUUGGCCAAAACAAGACAUUGGCACUUGAGGAGAUUGGUGAAAAGGCUGCGGGGGUUUCAGCUUGUAGUCCCACUUGGGACGAGGUUUUUGAGGAUCAAGUCACUUUUGUCGACAACAUCACCGAUGACGACAUCAAGCAGACACAUACAAGAGCGAUUGGAAAUGAGGAGGGUGGGAUGAAUGAGGAAAAUGGCAGCAGGGAAAUGAGGAGCGAUGAGGUUCUGCUAAAUGUGACGGAUGAUGCUGAUGGAGCCUCCCAGAUGGACGAGAGCAUGGAACUGUUUGAGGAUGACAAAGCUUUCCUGCAAAUGACAAUUCCAGAUAUUCCCACACCUCCAGAAGGAAAUGUUAGAUAUGCUGAACCUCUACAAAUGCAGGACCCAACAAACUCCUGCAGGACUUCUCCUUUACCUGAAAGCACACAUCGUUUAAGCAGGGUAGAAACAAAAGACGCGGCUUCCACGGAGCAAAGGACUUCAGCGUUUGUGGCUGAAGGCAGACGUGACUACGCAAAAACUCCAGUGGGAAAUGACCUCAUCUCACACAGUCCAAAUAAGACUCCAGACUAUUUAAAAUGCCUCCCAAUGCAAAAAACCCCCGAACCACUGAAAAUCUCAAAUGACCUCUUCUCUGUCAACUUUGACCUCGGUUUAUCACUGGAAAGCUCCGGCGAUGAAGCAGAGGUGGAUGCUGCUCCUGCUCCACAUGCCACAGCAUCUCCACCACCCGAAAAGCAAAUGUCUUUGCCCAGUGUUUCGGACUCCUCUACUCCUUACAACAGUUUAUCCAGACUGUGCAGUGAGUCCAGAUCCUCCAAGCCACAGAGGCCAUUGGGGAAAGAAGCUCUCCUAUCUCCUAUCACACCAACAAGGCCGCGGCAGGCUCUCACGCCUGGUAGCCUGAAACGAAAACGAACAGAAGUGAUGGAUUCUCCUCCUCAACCAGCAGAGAGCGACAGUGGCAGUGAGGAUGACGUUGUGCUUCACAAAAGAAAAAUCCGGAACAAGGUCAACCCUUUGUCGUCUCCAGAUGUGUCCAAGAUGAGCAGUGAUGUCGACUCUCCACUGGUAGUGAGAAGGAAAUGGAUCUCUGCACUCAACACAUCUGAUGUGACUAAAGAUGAAGCCGAUGAUGACUUCCAGAAUGAAUCCAGGUUGACCCGCAGACCUUCAGCCCCUGGUGCCGGCAGACAACGAGUCAGGCCGGCCAAACAUAAGACACGCGUGGCUCUAAAAGGUCGUCAGUUCCUGGAUGAAGAGGCAGAGCUGUCUGAAGAUGAGGAAGGGGCGGGUGUUUCGUCUGAUGAAGAGGACGGAGAAGACCAGAAUCGGUCUCUCGACGGCUUUGUGGUCGACAACACGCACUACUCUCAGGAGCUAAAUGACUCAGAGAUGCAGGGCGUUUAUUUGAAAUCUGUGAGGAGCCCCGCCGUCCAAGGCAAGUUCAAGAUGUCCUACAGGAACCAAAACAACAUGGAUAUUUUUUCACAGGUCCCUGAGAUGGAUGAGACGUAUGCAGAGGACAGUUUUGUGGUUGGGAGUGAUGUAGAGGAGCUGGACAGCGAUGAGGAAGAAGAUGAAGGUGUUGAACUGUUGCCAGAGGCUUCAUACGUGGGCGGAAGACGGCAAUAUGCCACCAGGCGCAGAGUCUUCCUGCACAGAGCCAAAGCAGCAGCAGCAGAAGCACAGAUGGAGUCUCCACCAAGACAGAGGACGACGACUGGAAGCAAACGGAGCCGCGUCAUCCGGGUUCAAGACUCCAGCGAAGACGAGCAGGAAGAGCGUGAAGAAACAGGUCUCAUUAUAGGAGGAAGUGCGGUCCCCCUCCUGCCAAAUGGGACUCAGAAGGAGCCCAGCGUGCAGAAAGCCUCAUCCUCUGCUUCCUCAACUAUAGCAUCCAAGGUCUCGUUGCUGAGGAAAGCACAAAAGAGCUCUCCAAGUGAGGAGCAACAAAAUCAGAGGCGUCAGCAGAGGAUAGAAAGCCAGCAUCUCCUCUCUGACGAGCUGGACUUUGUUUCAAAGGUGCCUUUUUCAUCACCAAAACAAUCACAGGCACACACAGCUGCCCUGCCUGAGCCUCAGGCGUCAUCCAGCACCGACUCCCCUGCUCCACCCCCCUCUGUUAGCAUCCUGGUGGACAGCCGCUGCAUCGGCGGAGCUGUGGAGCUGCUGACCAGCCUGCGACAAAGACACGCGGCCACCGUCCUCGUCUGCUCGCUGGACGCCAGCUACUUCAUCGUCAGCAACCGCAUGGCGGUGGAGAAACACGGCCAAUCCGACCUGGCUGCAAUGCAGAACAGGAAGCGUUUGGCUGAGCGGGUGAACAGUCUGCAGAGAUUGUUCGAGCGGGUGUGUCUCAUCGUGGAGAAGGAUCGAACCAAAGCAGGAGAGGCCUCGCGACCUUUCCAGCGCACACAUUACUACGACCGCACACUGGCGGCGCUGGUGCGAUCCGGGAUUCGCCUGCUGUGGAGUGACGGUGCGGAGGAGACUGCUGCUUUGUUGGUGGACUUGGCCAAGCUUGAACACAGGAAAGGUCACGGCAUAACCGUGCCUCUGGAGGUCAAAGGGCAGCACAGGGAGCAGGCCCUGCAGCUGUACUCAAGCCUGCCUUCAGUCAACUAUGCACAAGCUCUUAACCUUAGCCACAACUUCAGGUCCAUCGCGCAGCUAGUGAACAGCUCAGUGGAGUCCAUACAGAAAGGAGGCUGCAUGAGUGGAACCAGAGCAGAGGAGAUAUUCCGCUUCCUCCGUUACUCCUGUGACUCAUCUCUCAUCAAGACAUCCAAAGCAGGAAAGAACAGCUGACAGCCUGGAGGAAACCUUCAAAUCAAGCUUCCUCUUCUGUUUUCUACCUCAUUUGCCCCACUUACUCUGUUUGCUUUGCUCUCCAGGAACCAUCUCAAUCACUACUUUACUGCACUUUCUCACAUUGCACCCUUGAGCUGAAAAGCCUCUAGACUUUUUUUGAACAAAUUGAAAAACUUUAUGACGCGUUUUCUGAUUUUAAGCCUUUUUUUUGUUUCCCCUUAAAGAAAUUAGGUAAUAUUGAGGCCUUUAAAACUCAACUAAGCAUGAAAAUUUGAGUUACUUAUUAAUAAAUGAUUAAACUCAAACAGCUA